AUGCCAUCGAGAAAUGACAUGGAUACAGCAUAUGAAGAUCCGUCUCCUCGCCAAGAAGAGCUCCUCACUCUAGAGUCCAUUUAUGGUGAGCAAAUUAGGAUCCGUCAUGAUAGUUACUGUGGCGAGAUGAGUAUUCCAAUAGAGCCAGACGAAGCCUUACUGGUGUAUUUGCAAGAUCCAGACGCAGACAGAGUGAUCCAGACGAAAACCAUCCAACAUCUACCGCCUUUGAAGCUCCUUUUUACACUUCCUGAGUCUUAUCCUUACGAGGGCCCGCCUCAACUCCAGAUCGAAUGCAAAGUGAUUAGUAAAGAGAGACUCAGUGAGAUGAGGCAAGAGAUCGAGAAAGAGUGGGCUUCAACCAAAGACCAGGUUCUUUUUACUGUUAUAGACAUUCUACAAGACAGUAUUAACUCAAAUAUCAAUCAGUUAAUUGGCUCUUCUAUCCAGUGUGGCCUGGAGGCGCCAUUCUACGAGGAGCUAGUGGAGUACGAUAACGAGUGUAACGAAAGAAAGUUCAACAAUACCACUUUUACUUGUGAAAUUUGCCAGGCAGAUAUUAAGGGAGACUCUUGUCUGCAAUUUCACCAGUGUGGUCAUACAUUUUGCAACACUUGCCUUAGGGACUUCUUCGUUUCGCUAAUCAGGGAUGGCGAUGUUGAAAAAGUGCACUGUCCAGACUUUAAUUGCUCCAAGCAGUUCCUAGAAACAAGGGAAAAGUACUUGAGACUAGAUACACUUACUGACGCUUCUUUUGAUUUCAAUCAGUUCCGCCUGAAGCUUAUGACUCCAUUUAUCAAGCUUGCCCUCGUGCACAAGAUUCUCGGGCAUGAUAGUGAAGGCAAUGAACUAUAUGAACGCUUUAUAUCUCUCUUCAGAGACCACCAGCAUGCACUUAUUGCCAAAAUGUUUCCUACACGUUUGGUCUCUUGUCCUCGAAGUAAGUGCCCUGCCAUGAUAUUUCGUGAGGACAUGACAAGCCGGCUUGUCAUCUGCCGUGAAUGCGGAUACGCCUUCUGCAACAUUUGCCGGAAAUCUUAUCACAGUGAUAGCAUAGACUGUGCAAAGACUAAUGAUACAAAACAAUACCAAGGCGUUCCCAUUGAAGCCCUCGAACUUUGGUUGGAGUCGGUUCCUAAAUCCAAGGAGAGAAAUGAUCUUCGCUAUAGGUAUGGUUUCGAUCUCAUGACGAAGGUCUCACAAGAAUACAAGAUGGAUAAACUUUUCAACGAGCUUCUAGCGGACGAAAGCCAAGGGUUCAGAAAAUGCCCUACCUGUGACUUGAUUAUCCAGAGAUCGGAUGGCUGCAACAAAAUGCGGUGCUCCUCAUGUUACACCUUUUUCUGCAAUGUUUGUGGUAUUUACCUAGAUCAUGAUCACCCGUAUGACCAUUUCAAAGAACCUAGCAGUGCCUGCUAUGGUAAAUUAUUUGACGGCAUGCCUGGCAUGGAAGGCAUCUAUGAUUAG